CUGACAUCAGCACAAAAAUGAUCUUUUUAAACUUACAAACAUUACCCAUCAUUCCCAUGGGAUCAAAAAAGUAUUUCUCUCUCUCCAUUCACCACCAGUUAUAACUUAAGUUGGCCUUUAAAAUGUCCACGAGUGUAUGACUUCCUGUUGUGGUGCCGCGCGCCACGCGGGGGCUUGACGCUGCUCGGGUGAGGAGAGGAGGAGAGAGGAGCUCCGCCAGCGGACCAGGAGGAGAGCGUGGUGAGGAAUCCCAGCAGCCCCAGGAGAGUGAGAGCCGGACCGGCUGGACCCCCGGAGGAGGACCCGAGAGAGAACCACGUUGCCACGGGAGAGGGCUCACUUCAGGGCUGCAGUAUGUUCACUUCAGUGAAGGCCUUCGAGGGGCAGCAGUACUCCACCCUGAAGCGACAGUGCUUGCAGAGUGGUCUACUCUUUGAGGACCCUCGCUUCCCCGCCAUCGAUGACUCGCUCUUCAUCCAGGGCAACAGGAUCGGGCGUGUAGUCUGGAAGAGGCCUCGGGAGCUGUGUGAAGACCCUCACCUGUUUGUCGAUGGCAUCAGCGCACACGAUUUACAUCAGGGACAGCUGGGUAACUGCUGGUUCGUAGCUGCCUGCUCCAGCCUGGCCUCCAGAGAGUCUCUAUGGCAAAAGGUCAUUCCCGACUGGAAGGAGCAGGAGUGGGACACGGAGAAGCCAGACUCGUACGGGGGGAUUUUCCACUUUCGCUUCUGGCGCUUCGGUGAGUGGGUGGAUGUGGUGAUUGACGACCGGCUACCGACUGUGGACAACCAGCUGGUCUACUGCCACUCCAACGACAGCAACGAGUUCUGGAGCGCCCUGGUGGAGAAGGCCUACGCCAAGGUUUAUGGCUGCUACGAGGCUUUGGAUGGGGGGAACACUGCCGACGCGCUGGUGGAUUUCACAGGUGGUGUGUCAGAGCCGGUGGACCUGCUGGAGGGUCAGAUGGCGACAGACGAGCUGGCCCGAAACCAGCUGUUUGAAAGGGUUCUCAAAGUCCACAACAGAGACGGUCUCAUCAGCUGCUCCAUCAGGGCGACCACGAUCGAGGACAUGGAGGCACGGCUGGACUGUGGCCUGGUCAAAGGUCAUGCCUACGCUGUGACAGACGUACGGAAAGUGCGGCUAGGUCACGGACUGCUGGCCUUCUUCAAGUCGGAGAAGCUGCAUAUGAUCCGUAUGAGGAACCCCUGGGGAGAGAAGGAGUGGAGCGGCCCCUGGAGCGACAGUUCGGAGGAGUGGAACAAGGUGAGCAAGAGCGAGCGAGAAAAGCUUGGAGUCACCGUGCAGGACGACGGCGAGUUCUGGAUGACGUUCGACGACUUCUGCCAGUACUUCACAGACCUGAUCCUGUGCCGCCUCAUCAACACCUCCUACCUGAGCAUCCACAAAACCUGGGAGGAGGAGGUGAUGAGGGGCUCCUGGGUCCACCGCCAGGACCCCCUUCGCAACCGGUCUGGAGGCUGCAUCAAUCACAAGGCCACCUUCCUGCAGAACCCCCAAUACGUGUUUGAUGUGAAGAAGGUGGAAGACGAAGUGCUGAUCUGCUUACAGCAAAAAGAAAAGAGAGCCACACCCAAAGAGGGCAAAGGGGAAAACCUCGCCAUAGGCUUUGAUAUUCACCGGGUGGAGCUUAAUCGAAAGUACCGUAUGCACUCAGCCCAGCAGAAAGUAGCGGGCUCCAUCUACAUCAACUCCCGCUGCGUCUUCCUCAGGAAGGAGCUGAAGGAGGGCCGUUACGUCAUCAUUCCCACGACCUUUGACCCCGGGCAGCAGGGCGACUUCCUGCUCCGUGUCUUCACUGAUGUGCCUUCAGACUGCAAAGAGCUGACUCUGGACGAGCCUCCUCAGACGUGUUGGACGGGGAUGUGUGGCUACCCUCAGCUGGUCACUCAGGUCCAUGUACUGAACGCUGAGGGUCUGCAGGGACAGGACUCCAAUGGAGAGCUCCACCGCCUCAAUCCCAGUAAGGAAAGACUUCUGAGCAAGGCACGAGCUGUAGAUCCCUACGUGAUCAUCAACUGUGAAGGAGAGAGGGUUCGUUCACCAGUUCAUAAGGACACACGGUGCCCGAGCUUCGACAUCAAAGGCCUGUUUUACCGCAAGAAACCCAAGGAGGGCAUCCACAUCGAGAUCUACAACAAGAACAUGAUCGUGGACACCUUCCUGGGUCAGGUGAUCCUGUUCAGCGACCCCAACGAGCGGCAGGAGCAGCACACGCUUCACCUCCGCGACAAGGGCAGCCGCCAGGACAACGACCUCCCGGGCACGCUCACUGUGCGCCUCAUCACCUCGACCAUGCUCAACAACAUCUGAGGCGAUCGUUUGUACACUUAUAACGAUCAACUCUCAAGGUGGCGUUCCACCGCGCCCGCCGUUCACGUUCACCGUUCAGACCAUCACAGGAGCUCACUGUGUCUUCAGCCGCUUUCGCUCCCAUCUGUUAUCAUUUCCCUUUUUGCUUCAGCGUUUAAAUUCUGCUUUCUCACAUGUUUUUUUUUUUUUUUUUAAAGGCCUUUACCUACAUGUCUGGAUGGAAGGUGUCCACAGACAAUAUACGGGGUCCGCAUUUGAACACAUUCCUGCCAAAUUAGACCAUUGUUUGCAAUUUGGAUCAGAAAUGUGUUCUUGAAGGGACAGUUCAACCCCAAUUCAAAAACCUACUUAUUUAUCCAUCUGGAUUUAUUUGGUGUAAGAUGCAGAGUUUGGGAGACUGUCUUCUCUUCAAUAUAAUGGAAAAAGACUACACUCGGCUUGGAGUGCUCAAAACGCCCAAACUCAACAACGUUGAUGACAUGACUUGAUUACUUUAGGACACCCAUGAGCACUUCUUCAAUCCAAUUAAUGAAUUUUGGUUUAAUGGUCUUACUGCAUGUGAGUGAGAAAACCCUUUUUGCAAGCCUCAGCUUUACACUUGGUGUCUUAAUUGAAGAUUGGGAUGUUUCACCAAUAUCCAAUCAGCUGAAAAAAAGGUGAGUUUCGACACCAAGGCACCCAAAAAAAACCUCAACAGCAAAGAGUUUGAAAAACUCAACAGCAAAGACCGUUUCCCAAAAUCAUGAAAGGUUACCCGAGAUAAUCCACAGAGCUUUCUGUGAGCAGCUUGUCGUUGGAAAUAGCUUCUUUCUGCCGUACUACAACUAACUACUCUAUCACUGCGCAGGAAGAAGCGUGCGUCAACUCUCGGCUGAGUUCUAUCAUCAGUUAGCCUCAUGUAGGAUUUUUUUUUUCUUUCGACUCCAGUUGUAUCACCAGGCAAAAUGAAUCGUACAAAUUCCAAAUUCCUUUCAGGAAACUUAACAGCAGCAUCCUCAGGUAGUUAAAUAAGAGCUAACAAGACCAGGUCUCUAUCAUAGUGAAUUGGAAUAGAGCCAAAACUCAAUUUCAGUCAUUCCCUGUGACAUUAAAUCUGCAUUUAUAGAAUCACCAGUCAAAUCUGACACAAAACUCCCCCAGCAAAACACAUCAUAAUUUCACUGAUUUUACCCCAAAAUGAGGUAUAAAACACAGUGUUUCCCACAGGUUUUACCUCUUCUUGCACAGUUUCACAACACUGACUUCCUUUACAGCUCAAUCCAGAGUGAUGUAGCUUGAUCCCGGCACAUCCCACCAGAGCACUUAGAGAAAUGUGAGUUCAGUGUCUUAAUCUUUGAAUAACCUCACCUGUCUUUGUUAUUCCGUGCAUUAGUGUGAUAUCGUGCUCUUCCCUUCAGCUGCACUUAAUGGGUUGAAACUUUCAUGAGUCUCAACUCGAUCGGCUGAUGUCUUUAUGUUAUAUCUGAUAUUUGUCAUACAGCCACCAUCUUCUGCGUUACAGACUUUUCUAUUUAAAAACAAUCUAAGUAGUUUGUUUCCUCUAUAAUGUCUCUGCAAAGACUCGUGGGCGAGAGGCUAGCUAACUAAACUAGCUAAUGUUAGAGCUCAGCCAUACUGUUGUCAGGUGUUGUCCAGCAGAAAGAAAAAAGUUCCGACACGAAACUGCUCACUACAAUCAGUUGAUUACCUUGAGUAACCAGUUACGGAUUUCUGGAAGGAGACAUUGCUGUUGAGCUUUUCAAAUGUAUUUUUUUUUUUGGCACAACAAGCUCAAGAGUGCCAUCUAGUUCUGUUAUGUUCAAGAGAAGGCAGACACCUCCAAAGCUCUGCAACUCACACUAAAACAAUCUCAGUGGACAAAUAGCACCACAUGUAGUAGGAUGAAUAUGUUUUUGAUUUUGGGGUGAACUGUCCCUUUAAAUUAGGUGUUGUAGCCAGAAUCUGCAUCAACAGCUGAGCAACAGUUUGGUCAAAUGAAUCUGUCUGAUCCUGAUCUUAGACCCGUCUUAUUUUCAUUCUGCACACACACUCACUCUCAUACAUAUGCAGAACUCUCUGCACUCUCCAUGCAUGUGCCAAUGUUUCCAAGGGCUAUGCAUUGCCUUAAGGUUGAGUCUGUA